AUGCGGGCUACGCGUAGCGGUGCUAGUCACGGCGGCCAUUUUGCGAGUCUACGUCAGUUCCUCGAGUUCUUUUACGCAGUAGUGAUUUUAGUCAACGCUAAGGAAUGGACGGACUACAACCUCCAAUGGAACGAGUCCGACUACGGAGGCGUGAAGGACUUGCGAAUUACACCAAACAAGCUUUGGAAGCCAGACAUUCUCAUGUACAACAGUGCGGAUGAGGGUUUCGACGGGACGUACCAAACAAACGUGGUGGUCACGCAUAACGGCAGUUGCCUGUACGUUCCUCCGGGCAUCUUCAAGAGCACUUGCAAGAUAGACAUCGCUUGGUUCCCCUUUGACGACCAACACUGUAAAAUGAAGUUCGGAUCCUGGACCUACGACGGCACCCAGGUCGACCUCGUGCUCAGCUCGGAGACGGAGAGCGGCGACCUGUCCGACUUCAUCACGAAUGGCGAAUGGUACCUGCUAG